GUAUAAGGUAGUGUUUUAUUGGAGGUAUAUACGUGUGUGUGUGCUUUUUACCAAUAAACAGAACAAUUUUUCUUUUAUCACCUGAGGGCACUCAAAUAUACUUUUUUUCGUGGGUGCCACAAAAAUAAAGAACAGGCACAGGAGCGUGAAUAUAGUAUGCGUUUGUGUAGUUGAAGUCAAUAAGGCACAGAUGUAUCAAUAAGCUAUCUGAGCCCUUCAACCAUUUGGUUUAUGAAAUUACCUCUUAUCCGAUCCAAUAAACUCAAGUUUUCGAACAUAGGAAUCAGCGAUGAAUGUAGAUAAAGAGAGAAAAAAAAAAGAUGAUGAAAAGAUGGGAAAACAUAUAAAUACGUCUUUCCAUUCUGUCUCCAUUCUACCAUUAGCAAUUGCCGAAAAGCCAGAUACUCUUUUAACGAUUGCUUACCUACCAUCCGGUGAAAUACCCAGUGCUUAUACACUGUAUUGUUUUCCAACAAGUGGAACACAUCCUAACCCAACUGGAGCAUGCGACAUAGUAUAUGCUGUCGACGGAUACUUGGAAAUCCUUAAACAAUCACAACCUGCAUGUGUACCCCAAAACAACAAUGUCUCUAUAGUAGUUUCUGGGACAGUCGGUGGUAAUAGCUUUGAUCUUAGAAGAAACUAUACCGAUGAUUGUGCUGCUCGUGCUGAUUUAGGUAGUCUCAUUCCAUAGUUAUGAGCACAAUAAACAAUAAUCUUGAAGUCAAAUGCAUAAUUCUGUAAAGUCAAAUCUAAUUUUCGUUCCAGCUCUAUAUAAAAUAAUACUAUGAAACCAAGUCUACAAUAACAGAAACAGACAUAACAUGCAGUUGUAUUCAAAAACGGCAAGGGCUUGUUUGACAUGAGCAGCAGAUAGAAUAUUUUAAAGUAAAAAAGUUAAGAUAAGAGCAAGUAUCAUUAACUAAUUUCAAGUUGAAAGACCAUCACUGUAACAUAACGAAUGAUAGAAAUUCAUAUCUUCAUUUCAACUGAUGAAUACAAGAGUUCCUACUUUUUUAUAACAAGUGUUGAAUUGAUUCUUUGAGCACACUGAUUCAUGUAAUACGC